AUGGUUGAGCCUCACCAUCAACACAUUAACAUGGAUGAUUGGGAUGUUAUGUGGCAUUCUGACAUGCAUUUGCAUUCUCUUAAAGAUGACAUUGAACUCUACCCAUGUGAAGAGUGUGGCGAAAUUCCCAAGGCCCAUAUGAACUAUCAAUAUCUGGGUCUCGCACAUAUGCGAGACACAGUUACAAAACAUGCCAAUCAAGUCAAUCAAUUGAAGCUGCAGACUUGUAACGACUCACACAGAUAUAUCAUCAGAGAAGUCAUCAACAAGUUAGAGGAUGCUCUUGAGGGUGCAUACCGACCACGCGGAUAUGGUGCUGAUGAUUUGGAUAUUGCCACCCUGGUCUUUAGACUGGGGGGGCAUCAGUUGCUUUUUGCACUGAACCAGAAACUCAACAUCCCAUCCCUCCACACUCUUCGUACUAAUUCAACAUUCACAUCUAUCAUGCCGACCAUUGGUCCAAUACACAACAAACAAUUUGACCACAACAUCCAAACAAUUGUUCUCAACACUUGCUCAGAUUUGUUGCCCUUGCGUGGCAUUAGCUUCAUGAUUGAUAAGAUUGCACUUGGGGAGAUGGCAGUCCAUUUUCGUAAGUUCAACAAAGUUGGAGGCCUUUGUUGGAAGCACUUGCAUGUUAUCGACCUGGUUCUGCACACAUAUGACUCCACCAUCAGUAUUGUGCAGAAGAUCCACGAUGGCCAUGUCCAUCUUGGAAAGGAGCUCACUGUAAUCGGUCUCUUGUGCUUUGGAGAAGACAAGAUAUACCCUAUCCUGGCAGCGCCCACUUGCAAGACAGAGGACACCUCAGACAUGGAGUGCAUCCUUGCACAAACUGUUGAACACUGGAACUCAAGUCAUGCAGCUGCAUCCAUUGGACCUGCUUGGUCUUUUGUGAUGGAUGGUGAUACCACUUGA